CCGGCAAAAAGUGCUGUGUUAGAGCAAAGGUUAUGUCAUGAGUGGUUAUAAUUAAUAAUUUAAAAAUGGAAAAUUUCACCGACGAAGAGUUCAAGAUUAUCAGCUCGACUAUAGAUAAACGCUUUAUGGACAAGAAAAUUUCCACACGAACGAGGAGUUUUGACAGUUAUUUUUACCCCAACGCUUGUAGCGUUUGUUUCCUCCUCGAGAAACAGAAUUCUCUCAAAUUUAAAAGAUGUGCAAAUUGCAAAUUUGCAGUAUAUUGCAAAAGCGCUCAUCAAAUAUACGAUUGGAAUCGUCACAAAGAUUUCUGCAAGGCCGUUUAUACCGUGAUGAAAAAUAAUACACGUAGAAAAGGUUUCAUCUAUCGCGAUUUGAAAGAUGUGAGACAAGAAGAUCAAGUAUCUUUUAAAGACCGUGUGAUUUGUCUCAUAGAAUCCCAUUUGAAAAGAGAUUUCCAUCCCUACGAAGUAGACAUGCUCCAAUUUCCUAAAGUGUGCAAUGUGUGUUUCGAAGCUGAUGAAAACUUGCUAAACCCGUGUCCGGAGUGCCCACAAGCAAAUUUUUGCAAAAGACACUGGGGAGAUUCGUCUCAUAAACGGGUAUGUCAAAUUUUUUCGUUGAACUUUUCGUUACAGAGCCUUUCUAAAGCUUAUGCUGAUAUUCCAAUGGUAAAAGUGCUAGAGUUGGCACCUUUUAACGAAAGCACUAUCCUGUUGCCCAAUUCCAUACAAUCUUUCAUGAAUGCUUACUUUGGAAAUUUGAAAAAAACGGUGGACUUUCAUGUUCCCGAUAUUACACUACAAUUGUACGUAUCUCAGUUUUUCACGAGGCCGUUAUCACUGCUUUUUGCCAUGGAUUUCUUGAGAUUAAAUAAUCGCCCGAACAUGACAAUCCAUGUGAUUUCCUUCAAUCGACUCGAUGAGAGACAUUUGAAAGAGUGGGAACUUAUCCUCCACUGGUUACCCAAUUUAAUCAAUUUGAGAGUAGUUUUCGUUGGACUUGAACUUUUUGCUCAGAAGAAGCAAAUUGACAUUUGCCGGCUUUGUUCAAAUGUCGCGAAAACGUUAACAAUCGAGAGUUAUGAUAUGUUUUAUAAGGAUUACUUUGAGAGUGAACAUUUUUUGAGACCAGACAUUUUCGCCGAUUUUGAUAAUGUUGUUUGCACGUUUCCAGCAUGGAAAGAGUCGCUGAUUAUACUGGAUAAAAUCGACUGUCCAGUUGUCUUGGCUGCAUCUACGGAAACUGAUGUGAUGAACUGCUAUUCUUCGCUUGAGAUGUUUCAAAUUUCGGGAAACUGGAAUGAAAAUGCGUUCGCGAGUCUUUUGCCCAGAAGGGGUUAUUUUGUGGAUGAAGUAUUUUAUGAUAAUGCUUAUAUUGGCAUAUUCACAACAUUACGUUUAAAAGCAUCAGACACAAUUUUACAAAGUCUGACUUGGAAAGAAGAGGUCAAUAGACAAUUUGAAGAAGAGGGGCAGCAAUUAGUAGAGGAGAAGAAGAAAGAAGAUGAGAAGAAAAUCUUGGAAGACUUGAGACAAAUUGAGGAGAACAAGAAAAUUGUCGAAGAGAGGAAUCAAAUUGAAAAUAAGAAGCGAGAGGAAGAAGAGAAGAGAAGAAUUGAUGAGAACGAAAGAAUAGAAAAGGAGAGGACUAGAAUGGCAGAAAUGUCAGAAAAGCAGAGAAGAAAAGAAGAGAAAAAGAAACGAUUAGCAGAAGAAAAGGUAAUAAAGGAUGAAGAAAAGAAAAGAAUAGAAGAAGAGGAGAAGAAAAUCAGGGAAGAGAAAAAACGACUGAAAGAUGAGGAGGAGCAGAUGAAAAAGGAACUACAGCGUAAUCUCUUGUUGAAAAAAAGAGUUUCUGAGCUAAUUCAACUGAUUGAGAGAUAUGAGAACAAACCGAUAAAUAUCCAAGCUUUACUAAAAGAUGUCGAAGACAUUAAGAAUAUUGUUGGAGGACUUGAAGCAAUUCCUAUGAAGCUCUUGGAAUUAUUGGUAGAUUUGGUCAAUCUGGAUGAUACAAUUGGACAAGCAGUUUCACCUUUUUAAGGACAACAAUUAAACGUAAGAACAUGAGAUGUUUGUUUAUUAGAAAUAUGUUUUGUGACGUGUUUUUCUUUUACCAAAACACGUUUAAUAUUUAAUUGAUAGAAUUUGCCUAAUUAAAAUAAUUUAUAGCUCAGACGGUUUUUUCUUCUUCUGCUAUAAAAUUAUUAGUUAUUAAAAAGAAGAAAAGACGAAUAACUUGUGUCAUUUAAACAGGAAUAUGAAAUCCCUCUUCUGCAUUGCCGUUCGAGUUCCUAGUCGUAUCCGGCUCCUUACAUUCCUUUAUAAAUUAGGCAAUGUAUCGUUUGUACUUUGUAGAAUAUAAUUUUGCGUUCGAAAAUAUAGAAUUCAAACAAGCAACCUGAAUUUUAGAAAUUGGUGGCCAAUGCUCAAAAAAUUUAUAUGAUAAAAAGUCUGCGGCUUUAUUGAAUUUUUUUCAAUAUUAUAUCGUUCUUUUGAAUUUUAGAAUUGCAACCCGAAAUUUUAUAUUCUGCAACUCGAAAAAUCUCGUAUUAAUUUUCAUUUAAAAAUAUACUAGUUGAAU